ACGUAGCGUGCGUUGGCCGCUGGUUGCGUCGGUGCGUGCUUUCGAUGCGUGCUUUCGAUGCAAUUCGUGAUCGUGAUCACGUAGCGUUGGCUGUAGCAGACGACAAUGAAAGUGCUGUAGACGACGCGCCAUCAAUUCUUACCGUGCUUUGCCUGCGGUAAUGAGUCUGCAGCGUUUCCUUUGAUUCGAUCGUUACGAAUUUGUCGCUACCAUGGAACGAAAGCGGCACAGAAUAUGCAUGGUCUCGGACUUCUUUUAUCCCAACACAGGUGGUGUAGAAAGUCACAUCUACCAACUCUCACAGUGUCUUUUAGCUCUGGGACACAAAGUUUGCGUUAUCACGCAUGCGUAUGGGGACAGGAAAGGAGUUCGAUACAUGACAUCUGGGCUCAAGGUGUACUACCUGCCUUUCCUUGUUAUAUACAACCAAUGCACUCUACCAACCAUCAUGAUUUCCUUUCCACUCAUACGGAACAUUCUCAUAAGAGAAGAGAUCACGGUUGUUCAUGCACAUUCAGCAUUCUCAUCCUUGGCAUUGGAGGUUAUGCUUCAUGCUUCCACCUUGGGUCUUCGAGCUGUCUUUACAGACCAUUCACUGUUCGGAUUUGCCGAUGCCAGUGCAAUCAUCACAAACAAACUGCUCAGCAUGUCUCUGUCAUUUGCCAACCACGUCAUAUGCGUCUCACACACUGGAAAGGAGAACACUGUGUUGAGGGCAAAUGUGCCACCUGCCAGGGUGUCGGUCAUACCAAAUGCCGUAGAGACUGCAGUUUUCUUCCCUGAUCUGAACAAAAAUCCCUCAGACAAAAUUACUAUCAUCGUGGUCAGUCGGCUGGUUUACCGCAAGGGUGUUGACCUCAUGGCAGGCGUCAUUCCGGUAAUUUGCAACAGGCACCCCAAUGUGCAAUUUAUCAUAGGUGGCGAUGGCCCAAAAAGGCUUGUGAUUGAAGAAGUCAGGGAACGGCAUCGACUGCAGGAAAGAAUUACAAUGCUGGGGGCCAUUGAGCACGACUCUGUGAGAGAUGUCAUGGUUCAGGGCGACAUCUUCCUGAACGCUUCAUUAACAGAGGCAUUCUGCAUGGCUAUUGUGGAAGCCUGUGCCUGCGGUUUGCAGGUUGUGAGCACCAGGGUUGGAGGUGUGCCCGAAGUGCUUCCGCCUGACCUGAUCCAUCUUUGUGACCCCAGUGUGCGAGGGCUUCUGGAAGGUCUGGAGUGUGCCAUUGAGCGACAUAGACGAGGCGAUGUUGUGCCAGCCGCGGAAGCACAUGCACGAGUGAGCAGGAUGUACCAGUGGGAAAAUGUGGCCAAGCGAACACAACGCGUCUACGAUGCCAUUGACCACGAGCCUCCGGUUUCACUUCGUCAGAGGCUGGACAGGGCCAAACGCUGUGGCUUCGUCUUUGCUCAAAUCUUCUGGAUGGUCAUUAUAGUCCUCCAUGUCACGCACCUUGUGCUGUCUUAUGCCAGGCCCAAUUCGCUGAUUGAUAAAGCAGUGGACUACCCAGCUCCCAAGACCGCAGAAAAAUGUUCACGCCAAUCCACAAAAAGUACAAAUUUGUAAGGCGGAUUUCCAGCACGGUGUGUGCUGGAAAUAUCCCCUACGUUGAUAGGGGAUAUUCCCAUGUGUCAAUAAAGGAUGUGAAGAUGCA